GAAUGUGCGCUGCGAUCGAUAUGCUUGCGUCAGAGCAGUUGUUUUACGGACAUAGCCCUCCGGCUGGAUUUUUAACAGACUACACUCCGUCUAUUCGGCGUCCAGUGAAAAUUACCACACGAGGGUAUUCGGCACCAUGUUUAACGACCCUGAAGCCGGUGCAGUUCACAUUGAAAUCUGCGCCAAGGUCGUGUAUAAGAAUGCAGUCGGAGAAAAAGAAGAAGAAAGUGGUUUUCGCCGAUGACAGGGGCUUCGCUUUGGAACAAGUGAAGUUUAUGACUGAACCGUCUCACGUGCCACCUUAUUGGUUGAAGGCUCCGAGCCCGCCAAUAGAGAGAAAACCGCCUCCCAAACCAGUCGACUUGUGGGAGAUUAAGUUUGUCCAACCGGCGUCCGAUUACCUCGAAUUCCGUCGCAGAAUUACUCAGGACUGUGUGUCAUUGGAAAACGUCAUAGUGAAACAGUCGGAAGGAUGCAUAGAUGGAACAGUUAAAGUAAAAAACCUGGAUUUCUCCAAGGAAGUCUUCAUCAGGAGUACAUCUGACGGCUGGAGUACGCACGAAGACGCAUACUGUGCGUUCCUAGAAUCUGGACCAAUUGGAAAGAACGGUACCUCGGAUUAUGACACCUUCUGCUUCCGGCUUCCAUUGCCUAUUCAUUCUAGAAGACUGGAUUUCUGUGUCGGCUUCCAAUGUAAAGGUGUUGAAUAUUGGGAUAACAAUAAAGGUUUAAAUUAUACACUGGAAAAGUCGUCAGUUAAAAAUACUACGCCAAAUUCUUGUGCUAGGAUCUUGUUCGGAAAUUCAUGGACAGCCAGGACUGAUCUUAACGGGAACACUCCCUAUUGGUGAAGAAAGACAGUUUUGAAUUUGGAAUUGAAUGUCUUGACGCCGAUUGGUCGGAAACCAUCUGUGUUUUUUUAAAACCGUGCCAUAGUGUGAAGUGCCAAUUAUUUUUGUGUUAAUUUUAUUUUGUUCAAAAAAAGAAAAGGAAAUUUAGUGCUCGAAAGGAGACUGUAUUCAAAGAGGUUGGUUAUCUUUGAUUUUGUAGUAAUUUCUUUUGCCUCACUUCUAACAUAAAAAAAAACAUAAGACACGCUCGUACCCAUCAGUAUUUUUCACUAUCUGAUUGUUCGAACUUGUAACUAAAACUAAACGACAAAAAUUUAAAUUAGUUUAGUAUUAAGAAAUGUUGGCAACAGAAAUACUCGUUUAGAGAACACAUCACACUAGUGGCACUAUAAAGACCCGUUUCCAUUGCGCCAGAAAUUAAGACUUGUAUGGCUUUUUACUUCCACACAUGUUCUUGCGUAAUGCAAACACGUGUUGUCGAGAAGAGCAAAUUGAAAAUAAAAUGUACAGUUAACCAUACGUUAAAGCGUAUUACAAAACCGUUCUAAAUACACAGUAAUAAGACGUACUAACAUUACAACUGUACAGUCAGCCGCACUUUCAGCUUUACAAAUGUUAUUUCGCUGUUUAAAUGAUGUAAUGUACGUUAUUUAACAAAUGAUUGUGCCAGCUUGAAUAACUCUAGUUAAAGCCUAUUAUUUAAAUAGAGAUAAGCCUUUGUCGAUACUUUAACCUAUGACAGCUCUAAGUCUUAAAAUGAUACCAUUUACGUAUUGUAGACUGUACAUUUCUUUUCAAAAAUUAUGUGGUCAACACAAGGUAAGAAGCCUUAAUUAAAUUAUUUUAAGAUCAGAUUGCAGUAACGUUAUUACUCCAUUGGCAUUAAAAUAUUAUUAUUCAAAUUAAUAUUUUUAGAAAUAAAAAUAUUUUGAUAAUUAGUUGAACAAAGCUUCUAAAUUUAAAUUCGAAACCUGUUACGGGUACUUGAAAUUAUGCAAACAUACUUAAUAUUGUCAAAUUUGAUAGAUGUUUUGGCAAUUUGUUAUUAUAAUUUAGUUUGAGACCAGGUAUUAAGGAGUCACCAUACUUAUUCACGCUGAACCGGCUUGAGCCGAUCUGAAAAAGCUUCUAACAUGUACUUAAAAAGAUUUUUUUGACCAGCCUGUUUGAUAAGUAUGAUGAAUUCCUUAUAAGUGGUCUACAUUGUCUAGAUACUCGGAAAACAACGAGAUCGCAUUUUGUUGAAUUAUUAUAUUAUAUUAUAUAUCAUAAUAUUAUUUUUUCAAAUUUCUCGUUAUAAAUUUUAAUAAGACUGAAAAUCCAAUUUCCGGAUUGUUAGAUCUCCAUUUUAAUUAAUUCUAACUAUGCGAAUCACUGUAUGUACGUUCACAAGUACCCUAAACAAAACCCUAGAUUUUUUCCAGUAAGGCCUAUAUUUUUAAUCGGCGUGGACAUCUAGAAGUUUAAACGAAUUUAAAAGAAAAUUAUAAUUGUGCAAUUCAAUAAAAAUAAUAUUUUAUAAAAUAUUUAUAAAAGCUCAAUUGAUUGUUGUUAUGAAUUAUUAAAUAAUAAAUUGGACUAUAAAAUAAUUUGAAAUGCCAUUGUAAUAAUGUUAUUAAUUCAAUAAAUUGUUCCAUGAAUAGAAUUCUUUUUUGCCUAGUUAUUUUUAAACCAUGCAUAUAACUUCCAAAUGAGGAUUAUAUUUAGAGAUAUAAACUGAGUUGUUAGUUUUCGAUGAAAUAAAACAGCGUUGUCUUAAAGAAUUUGACGGUUGAAUCGAUUGGUAGCUUAUCAAGUAAAAUAGAGAUUUGACCGGUUUUCAUGGUGUUGCCAUCUCUGAUGUCUUAGGUUCGAUCCCCGGCCGGGGCAAUGUAGACAACUGACUUUUCUAUAAUGUCUCGAGUCUGGGUGUUUGUGGUACUGUCGUUGUUUCCAAUGUCCAUAACACAAGUGUUUUUAUUAUAUUUUGAACAUUAAGAAAUAUUGUUAAAUAGGGUAAUUAGUUACACAUCUUUAACAUGACUGAACUGAACCAAACAUUGCACAGUUAAGUUCCAAUGUCGCCUCUAGUGCAACGGAACAAGAUCCGUCAAUGUCUAGCUUGAUGUGCUGCCGUCUGUGCAAUAAACAUGGCGGCGUUAUUUUUCAAAGUGACAUUAGCAGCUGUCAGUUUAUUUCUAAUUAAAAUCCGAUAAUAUAAUUUCAAUAUGAGUUUUCAAAAAGCGCUUGUGCGCUACGUCCGUUUUGUGUCAGUUAAUCCGAGAAAAUGACGAUCCGAAAUGUCACAUGUGUCCGAAGUAUCAUUUUAUCUCUAGUUGUACAAGCUACAUUCGUAUUUUCUAGGAUUUGACUUAGUGCACAAGAGACAUCCGAAGUGGGUCCGGUUUUCUAGAUUUUUAUAGACUCGGAUUCGGAAUACGAAACGGAUGCAGUGCACAAACGCGCUUGCUCUGGCGCAGUAACGCUGUCACUGUUAUUAUGACAAACAAAAUUGAAAUUUUACUGCUUUUCGAGAUUUUCAGACCGCCAUUUUUGUUUUUUUUUUUACAAAGUUCCCAACCCGCAUUUCGUUAGCGUGGUGGACUAUCACUCUCUGUACUUAGAGGAGACUCGUGCGCAGUUACGGGACGUAUCAUGGGUUGAUAAUGGUGAUGACGAUCAUGUUUCUAUUUUAAUUAAUCUUAAGUUACCUAUCCCACCAAAAUUUCUUUAAAAAAAAUUGUUUGAAAUAUCGAUUUUGAUUUUUGUAUUCGUAAAAUAAUAAAUAACAAUGAAAUCUUUGAAACGUUUGUGCCAACAUUUUUGCUUAAUGUAGUUUUAAAAAACGAAACUGUGCGAGACUUUUUAUUAUUUUAUAUUUAUUAAUUUUUAUAAAUGUUGAUUAAAAUGUUUUUGAUUAUUCUAAAAAUAAUCAAUUUAAACAAAAUUUGUAAAUAAUGUUUAUUGUUUCAACGUAGCCAUGAAGCCUCUGGCUCCUGGGCUGGGUAUAACCUGUGUUCCAUGAGUCAGUGUCCUUUCUAGACAUAACUGACAAUACUGGGUCCAUUUUUUAAAAGGACAAAAGAAUUAAACAUACUACAAUUUUGUUUUUUAUGCAACAUUGUUUAGUGUGUAUGUCAUUAUUAUAAUUUUAUGUGAAAUAGAUUGAUGUUAGAUUAAGGAGACAAAUUUUAGAAUUUCAACAGUGUAAAAAACCGACCUCAAAAGUCAUUCAUCCCCCAGUUUGCCACCCUUAGAGGAGGAAUAUUUUCUUCAAAUUUAAAUGGAACCACAUUUGAGGUACCCUCUUCCCAACAAAAAAGAAUCACCGAAAUCGGUUCACAAAAGUUGUCGCAGUCGAAUUGAGAACCUCCUUUUUUGAAGUCGGUUAAAAUGACAUCAUCUUUCACGCAACAAUUUUUACUAGGACAAAAUGGCAACGGGAAUUCUUCGAUAGUUUAGUCGAUACAAGAGACGUUUGUUAGUUGAUGUAUGACACAUACUUAGAGCGAAUGUAAGUUUUGAAAAGUAUAAGAAGGCGUUGUUUUAUGAAAGAUGACAUUAUCAUUUCUAUCCUAGGUACUAUGUUGUGAUUAGGAUAGAAACAGGAAUGCUUUUAUGGCUUUGUCGUUCAUAAUGGGUUGUGUUAGCGAAGAAGCACAAAGAGCGAAUGUGAAAAUCCUAGUUGUAAUGUUCUGACUAAGAUAGGAAUGGCAAUGUUUCGAUGCUUUGGAUUUAUACAGGGUUAUUUGUAAUAAUAAUAAUAAUUCAUUUAUUACCUUCUUAUCACAUUUAUUCUUAUAUCUAUUUGUAUUACUUUUGGAGACUAAAAAAUUCAUAUGCAAAUCGUGCGUCUGGGGCCCACGAUUCAGGUUUGCUUGCUAGGACCGUGGUAAAUAAUGUUGGAAAGGUAAAACGUUUAACGUGCAUUAGGAUAAACCAGUACAGAGUACUGAAAAAAUCGCCCUCAAAAGUCAUUCAUCCCGUAGUUUGCCACCCUUAGAUUUGGAAUAUUUCCUUCAAAUUUAAAAGGGACCGCUGCUGAGGAAUCA